UGUGUUUCCCCCACCAGCCACCGGAACGAUAAGCGAGUAGGGGCAGCGUGUGCUAUUGUUACUGGGUCGUUUAUAAUUGAAAUAAAGCCACGUUUGUUUCUCUAACACAAUAAUAUAGCAAGAAAAAAAGCCAGCCAUUUCAAAGAGGACCCGUGAAUACAGACAGGAGAUUUGGGAUUUAAUUCUCACACCACGGUGGCACUUCUCCCUGGAGAAUAAUCGGAUUUAUUUUACGGUUUAGACCGCUGGCAUUUGGAAAACAAGGCAGUGUAAUUGCCUCGUUGUGUUUUGAUUAUAUUGUUAAUUGCGUUGUCUGCUAAUAGGAUUCACACACACAAUCGCAGUGGCUGUAGAUCGAUUAGACAGCACACGACAGUCUUCUGUUUUGAUUUACCAUUGCAAACUCGUUUCUGGUGGCAGAUACAAAAUUAAACGCAUUAUUUUCAAUAAUAAUAAUAAGGUAAUCCGAAAAUGACGCUGUUUCAUUUUGGAAACUGUCUCGCGUUAGCUUACUUCCCAUAUUUCAUCACCUACAAGUCCAGCGGGCUAUCGGAGUACAAUGCAUUCUGGAGGUGUGUUCAAGCAGGUGCUGCUUACCUUUUCGUUCAGCUCUGCAAGAUGCUGUUCCUGGCCACCUUUUUCCCGACGUGGGAGGGAGGCGCUGGGGUUUAUGAUUUUGUUGGCGAGUUCAUGAAGGCCACAGUGGACCUGGCUGAUCUGCUGGGGCUGCACAUGGUCAUGUCCUGGAACGCUGGCAAGGGCGAGUAUAAGAUCAUGGUGGCAGCGAUGGGCUGGUCGACCGCGGAGCUCGUCAUGUCCAGGUGUAUUCCUCUGUGGGUCGGAGCUCGCGGGAUCGAGUUCGACUGGAGAUAUAUUCAGAUGAGCUUCGACUCCAACAUCAGUCUGGUUCACUAUGUUGCCAUGGCGUCUGUGGUGUGGAUGUUCACGCGCUAUGACCUGCCCAAGAGUUUCCGGUUGCCUGUGACUGUGCUGCUGGGGGUCUGUGUGUACAAGGCUUUCCUCAUGGAGCUGUUUGUUCACAUGUUUCUGCUGGGCAGCUGGACGGCUCUGCUUGUGAAGGGAGUGCUGACUGGAGCCAUCUCUCUGUGCUCCCUCUUCCUGUUCGUCACCCUGGUGCAUAGCAACUGAGCCCCACCUCUCCAGGGCUGCAGUACCUCCACACACCACAGUGGGGAGACAGAGCUACACGGUGGGAAAAUCUCAUCGCUACAGGAGAGCUGUUGAAAGCUCGACACCCUUUCAUGAUCUGUAUUUUUUUUUUAAAUCAUGUUUUAAUUGUAAAAAAAAUAAAUAAAAUAAUUUAAUAAUUGCCUGAGAUUUAAAUUAAAAAACAAAAAAAAAUCCAGUUAAUUCAAAAAAGGAUUCUAGCUAUUUAUUUAUUUCCACCAUCCACACUGAGCAUGUUGGUGACAUUUCUUUCCCUGGCACGGCUGUGAGUUCACAAUUGGAGCUGCUGUUGACGUGGAAAGAGGGUCCUACAGACGGGGGCGGGCGGAGAGGCGGUGUCCGCACACCCGCCAGGUAACCUGCUGAAGAAGGUCCUUGGAAAGAUUCACCUCUGCUGGACCGGCAGUUCAAAAAAUAAAACAAUUCACAGGUCUGUGUGAAGAAGUGUCUGCUUCCCUUCUUCACUUGAUUUCUAACUGUGUCCCCUUUGGUCCUAUAUUCAUCAACAUCUUUUAAGAGUUGAAAGACUUCAAUCAUGCCCCCUCUGGGUCUUCUGUGUGCCAGGCUAAAUCGAUGCCCUUCUUUCAGUUUCUGUAGCUCAGUCCUUUUAAGACUUACUGGGAUUUGUGUGGUUGUUCUUUGCUGGACUGUCUCUUUGGUGGCGUUGCAUUAUACACCCUCAUCACAACCUCAUAGGAUUUGUGCUCUAUGCUUUUGGCUACCCCCUCCAUGCCUGCUGUUUGACUCGUGGUUGCUUCCCCACGCUGUGCCCGCUGACGGCGCUGAGUCUGUAACAACACAGGCGAUGUUCUCUGCGUGAGCCUGCUCAAGGUUUCUCCCCGUCUGGUAUUUUGACCUCUUGUUCCAAGCACCGAACAGCCUGCAGUCUGGGAACCAUUUAAAACACCCACGACAACUGACAGGAGCAGCGGCAGAGCGAAGUUACAAACGUCCUAACACAGCGUCACACUGGAGAAGUUUUUAUUGAAGUGUUUUGUUACAUAGUUUUUAAUUCCCAUUGCAUUAAAUAACA